AAGGGAGAUGGAGAGAGACAGGCAUUGUGGUGUUGUGUGGGAUUGACCCUGUGAUGUGUGUUUGGCAGAGGAUGACCCUAAGGUAGUUGGGGAGACCAUGAGGGGGAGAGAGAGACAAUCCUGGGGAGUACAAGGGUGAGGUGUAAGAAGGAGAGAGAAACCUUGGGUGAGGAGGAGUUGGGGAUGGUGAGAGAUGGUAAACCAGAUCCUGGGGUACAGGAAGUUUGCCUGACCACUCGCAUUUGUAGAAUAUGUAUAGGUCCCAAAAGACUUUACAGCCUACAGUGUUCAGGGGAAAUCGCCCAACCUUGGAAAUAUUUAUUAUGUGGAGGUUGGCUGCUGGAUUGAGCUACAUCUAAAACCCACAGGACAGAAUCAGUCAGGAAUUUCCAAAUUUGAGUGGAUAUGUUUUGAUGCUAGUAAUGAUGGAUAAAGAAGUUUGUCUGAUAGUUCAGUGAAUAAUAGAGAGCUAUGCAGAUGAAGGAGAUCAGGGCAGUGGUGAUGGUGUUCCAGUUAGCCUCAGUACUGACUCUGUGUCCAAGGAAUGCUCCAGAGAGGCGGUUCUUCGCUGUUCAGCAAUCUCUGUUACCUGUUGUGGCAGGGAUUAGGGUGCAUUCCACGAGACUCCAUGGGUUUAAAUGGAAAGGGAAGCUGUUCAGUGACAUCAUUGAGAAAAGCCCAAAAAAGACAUUCGACUUUGCAGCCCGUGGGGAACUAUCCUUCUUUGAAAGUAUGGCCACUAUUGGAGACAUGCAUGAGGACGUCCUGGUGGAGAUUUUGUCCUACGUUCCUGCUAGGGAGUUGGUGAGAACGUGCCGAGUGGUCUGCAGGAUGUGGAAAGACUUAGUGGACGGAAUCCACAUUUGGAAGGGAAAGUGUAUUCGGGAAGGAUAUUUCAAAAAGAACGGGGAUGUCUAUCCAAAGAAUUGGAAGGUGUUUUAUUUCCUGCAAAGUUUGAAGAAGAACUUGCUUAAAAACCCUUGUGCAGAAGAAGGUUUUAAUCAUUGGACAAUUGACCAUAAUGGUGGUGAUAACUGGAAAAUAGAAGCCUUACCAGGUGGCCUUGGAUCUGCCUUUCCUGAUAGACAUAUAAAAAAUUAUUUUGUGACAUCUUAUGGCUCAUCCUGUUUGAAGACGGCAUUGGUUGACCUAGCCCUUGAGCUGGAAGCAGUUGUGAAGAAGCGAGUAGAUUUUGUGAAGAAAAGAAAUGCAGAUAAUGGCUUAUGCCAGAAAUCCCAGCUUAUUGAUCUAGUGGCAAAUGGACUGUGGGAAAAUCUGCUCGAUGAAUUUCAGCCUAAGAUUGUAGUGAGUGAUUGGUAUGCAGCAAGACGGGACUGUGGCUGUGUGUAUAGUUUGGAGGUGAAGCUGCUCUCUAAAAGUAAGACCGUCCUCAAGAGGUACAAAUCAAAGGAGAUCAAAAUCCCACAGUGGAGUGAUGCGAAAUGGAACCAGUUGACCCAUGUUUUUGAAGCCUAUGGUCGUGGUGUUCGUUUUGUUUGGUUUUCACAUAAAGGGCAGGACACACAGUUCUGGGCAGGAUGGUACGGAGUACGAGUCACCAACAGUAGUGUUACCGUAGAACCGUGAAUAUACUGAGACUAGACUCCAACUAGAUGAAGAAGACCAAAUAUUUUCCCAAACUGUAAACAAGAAACAAAAUGCCACAGAUGCUGGAAAUCUGACAAAUUUCUGGAAAGACCAGGAAAAGCCAGAAAACACUCAGCAAAUGUGGCAUCUUCUGUGAAGAGAAUAACAAUUAACAUUUCAGGAGAGUUCUGAUGCAAGACUUUAAUAUCAAUUGUGUUUCUCUCUCUGUAGAAGCUGCUCAACAUGGUGGAUGUUUUCUAACAUUUUUGUCUUUAUCAAAGGGUUUACAAAUUAUGUUUGCACCUUUGAUAUGAGAAUAUCGCUGAUUUCACUUUAUUAUUUCAUCAACUGCCAGGGGAAACUGUCACUUUUUUGAUGGUUAUUUUCUGCAGUGGGUCGAAAUAACAUGCCAUGAGAUGUCAAAAAAGGCACUGACAUGUUUAUUGCUAACUUUGAUCUGUUGAUCCCAGAGAUUCAUCUAGAACCUAGCUUCACUUGCACUGAACCGGGUAAACUGAACUGGACUGGAAAAACCUGGUCGAAAGAAGACAUGAAAGAAAGAUUGUCAGAGGAAGCUGAUCCUUUUUCAGAUUGAAGGGGAAGUGCUUCAGGCAAAUCUUAUUAAAGAUGUUGUCCCCAUUUGUGAGUGGUUUGCACUGGGUGGUCUUCCAGUUCAGACAGGUGAGUGGAAUCUCUCUUGGACCCUGAGAGCUCCAUACCUGUUAAAAGAGCUGGAAGGUUAAAUCCCUCAAACCCAGGAGCCUUCAUUGGAAAAGGAAACCAUUUCUCAGAACACUGACUACUUUUAGAAGGUUUUAAAUUUUUUCCACUGUUGCCAGCUGCAUGUUUUGAAAAAAAUAGUCCUUUCCCAUUUAUCGGCUUUGAGGUAAUGAAAGCCAGGUUGCUGUUGAAUCUGUGGGAUUGAUGUUGAGGUGUUUAAAGUUCAUGAUGUGGCCAGCACUGCUCCAUCCCUUUGCCUCCAAACACCCCCCCGUCACUCACUUUAACAAACAUGUUAAUGUAUCUUAAACGCUGGCUGGAGGAAUCUCCUGGAAUAUAGCAGCACAAUAUAGGUCCAAAUAAUUUUUUCACUUGACUUAUCAAUUCAAUUGAUAAGUGACCCAAUGUGUGUGGAAUCCAUUGUAUUUUUGAUUAAAUAGUUUCUGAUGGGAGUGUUUGUCCAUUAACACCUAUGCAUUCCAAGCUUUCUUGAACUGGGUCUCCUUUGGUCCAUUUGUUUCAACUUUGUUUGAGGCAAAUACUUUGUAUAUAAAACAGUAAACUCACUUCAGUUUCCACACGACAUACCAUUGACAUAGCUCACAGAUCUGCAUGGUUCCAUUUUGUCUCUUCCCCAUCCUCCUCUGACCACAGGAAAAGGAAAACCUUUUCCAACCACUUUUUAAUCAUGCAGAAGGUUUCACUUUCUUCAUUUUGUGAUGUUUUUGGGAUGUAGUCUCUCAGUGCUGUUCAUAAUUAAAGGUGUUUUCCUUCUGUUUGCUGCUCUUUGAACCCUUAUGUUCACCCAUUUUUUUUUCGCCACCAGUGUAAAUGGAAGGGUGGGCAGAGUGUACACAUGUUGCUGUACCACAUCUGGCAGAAAUAUCACGGACUGCAAUUUUAACCUGUGAACAUACUAUGCUUGAGAUUAACCUGCUUCAGUUGAACUGUGUUCAUACAUGCCAAAUCACCAAAUAGAGCAUUGUUAUUUUGUGAAAGAUCCAGAGGUGCUUGUUGUCAUUGUGAAAUACACAUUCAUUAAUUUCUGAGGUUACUCUGCUCUGUGAUUGGUGGACUGGAGCCAAAAAUCACAAAGCUUCUAGUCAACUGAAAUAAAAACAAAUUCGGCUUGAAACAUACUACAGGCUGGUCUCUUUAAAGGGGUGACUGUGAACUUGUCUGUCUUAUCAUACACACUGGAUUCCCGCCAUGUGGUGAACUGGAGAGGCUGACCUGAAUUAAUUCAUUGGCUCUUUUGGGCUCUUCAUGGGUACAAACAUAAAUUUGUAAAAUUGUCUUAUUUUCGUAAUUCGAGGAGCUUAAAAUCUGUGUCUAAACUUCAAUGACCAUGGUGAAAGAGCUUUUGCACUGGUGAGACCUCACUGACUGACUGUAAGGAUAUGCUGUGGGCAAUGCUGAUAACCACCAAAGCAUCAAUAUAGCUUGAUUAAGAUAAAUCAAUAGAUGUCUUUCCUUCUGAAUACGCUGUAAAUGGGCACUAUCUGUAUUUGUCUCUGUUUGAGCUCAGUUGUUUUGUGCAAAUGCCUUCUGUAAACUGUUAUUGCAGAGAUUAUAUGUAAUAAAGUAUUUGUUAAAUACUCAAAA